GACGUGGGCAACAUCAUGCAGACCAUAUCCAAGGGUGAUAUUGACAGCCGGCUACAUAGCAUGACAUCUAUCAUCAUCAGCUACGCUGCAGAGCGGUUUGGCUAUGAUGAAAAGGGAAAACCUAGAGCCCCCUACACCAAGAACCGUAGAGCCGCCCAGAUUCAACAACUGCGACAUGAGCUUCGAACACUUAAAAAACAACACAAGAGUGCAAGGGAGGAUCAGAAAGAACCUCUCGCCGAACUAAGGAACAUCUUGCGGAAGAAGCUCAUGACUCUACGCAGAGCAGAGGGGCACAGGAGAAGGAGAAAGGAGAGAGCUCGGAAACGAACAGCCUUUCUAUCCAACCCCUUUGGCUUUGUCAAGAAGCUCUUGGGAGACAAGCGCAGCGGCCACCUCUCAUGCUCCCAAGAGGAGGUCGACCAGUUCCUCAGUAACACCCUGAGUGAUCCACAGAGAGAUCAGGCGCUCGGUCCCCAGAAGGCGCUCAUCGAGCCACCACCCCCCAAAGUCGACUUCAACCCCAGAGAACCCAGCCUAAAGGAGGUCCAGGAGGUCGUGAAAAGAGCAAGAUCAGCCUCAGCUCCUGGACCUAGCUCUGUGCCAUACAUCGUUUACAAGAGAUGUCCAGCACUCCUCAGCCACCUGUGGAAGAUCUUGAGAGUGAUCUGGCGAAGAGGGAGAGUCGCCAAUCAGUGGAGGUGUGCAGAAGGAGUUUGGAUUCCUAAGGAGGAAAACUCAAAGACCAUCGAACAGUUCCGCACCAUCUCGCUGCUUAGCGUCGAAGGCAAGAUCUUCUUUAGUAUUUUGUCUCGACGCCUGACAGAGUUCAUCCUCCAGAACGAGUAUGUAGACACAUCAGUGCAGAAAGGCGGGAUUCCUGGGGUCCCCGGCUGCUUGGAACAUACAGGUGUCGUCACUCAGCUCAUCCGUGAAGCCCGGGAGUCAAAGGGAGAUCUGGCUGUUCUCUGGUUGGACCUGACCAAUGCCUAUGGGUCCAUACCUCACAGCUUAGUGGAAAUUGCCCUGCAAAAACACCAUGUACCCAGUAACAUCAGAGUCCUUAUCCUGGAUUAUUAUAAUAAUUUUAGGAUGAGAGUUACGUCUGGGUCUACAACAUCGAACUGGCAUCGGCUAGAAAAGGGAAUUAUAACAGGCUGUACCAUCUCUGUCACCCUUUUCACACUAGCCAUGAACAUGGUUGCUAAGUCAGCUGAGGUUGAAUGUCGAGGCCCAAAGACAAAAUCUGGCACGAGACAACCUCCAAUCAGGGCUUUUAUGGAUGACCUCACCAUCACCACAUCUUCAGUGCCAGGAACCAGAUGGAUCCUCCAAGGCCUAGAAAAGCUCAUCGCAUGGGCAAGGAUGAGUUUCAAACCCAGCAAGUCUAGGUCAUUGGUGCUGAAGAAGGGGCGUGUAGUGGACAGGUUCCGUUUCACACUAGCUGGCGACACAAUACCAUCUAUUUCUGAGCAGCCGGUGAAGAGUUUGGGAAAGGUCUUUGAUGCCAGCCUCAAGGAUGCCAAUUCCAUCAAAAAGACCAUCAAUGACCUCGAGGAGUGGCUCAGAAAGGUAGACAAGUCAGGUCUACCAGGGAGAUUCAGGGCCUGGAUUUACCAACAUGCCGUCCUGCCCAGGAUCCUGUGGCCGCUGCUGGUCUAUGAGGUCCCGAUGACGGCAGUAGAGUCAAUGGAGAGGAGAAUCAGUAGCCACCUCCGCAGAUGGCUUGGCCUACCACGCAGCCUUAGCAGCGCAGCACUAUAUGGAAGCAGUAACAUCCUGCAACUCCCUUUCAGCGGUCUUAAAGAGGAGUUCAUGGUGUCGCGGACUAGGGAGGCACUCCUUUACAGAGACUCGAAGGACCCAAAGGUGUCAGCAGCGGGAAUCGAGGUCAGAACGGGCAGGAAAUGGAAAGCAGGUGAGGCACUUGAGGUGGCGGAGUCCCGGCUGAGGCAGAGGGAGCUUGUGGGGAAUGUGGCCAGAGGCCGUGCUGGUCUCGGUUACUUCCCCAGUAUACAAGUUCGCAAAGCCAUUGGCAAAGACAGGCGUCUUCUUCUCCAGGAGGAGGUUCGAGCAGGCGUGGAAGAAGAAAGAGCAAGCAGGAUGGUGAGUCUAAGACAGCAAGGGGCAUGGACAAAGUGGGAAUCUGUACAGCAGCGAAGGGUCACCUGGGAUAACAUCCUGCGAGCAGACUACUACAGAGUCCGUUUCCUGAUCCAGACGGUCUAUGAUGGCUUACCAAGCCCGGCAAAUCUCCACGUCUGGGGCAAGAUCGAAACACCAUCUUGCGGGCUGUGCUCUGGAAGAGGAUCCCUCGAACAUAUCCUCAGCAGCUGCCCAAAGGCACUUGCAGAUGGUCGCUACCGCUGGCGGCAUGAUCAAGUGCUCAAGGCAGUUGCGGAGAUAGUAGCUUCGGCUAUAACGACAAGCAAACAACGUCGUCCAAAGUCCAUCAACUUUGUCAAGGCGGGAGAGAAACGCACCCCACAGUCAAGAACAACGACUGGCCUCCUUGCCUCAGCAGCCGACUGGCAGUUGAAAGUAGAUCUGGGCAAGCAGCUGCGUUUUCCGGAGCACAUCGCCUCAACAAGACUGCGUCCAGACAUGGUCAUCUUUUCAAAUUCCACCAAACAGGUGAUCAUGAUGGAACUCACUGUACCCUGGGAAGAGCGCAUGGAUGAAGCUCAAGAGCGUAAACGUGCCAAGUACCAGGAGUUGACAGAGGAGUGCAGGAGGCAGGGCUGGAUCACUCGCUGUGAGCCUAUUGAGGUGGGAUGUCGGGGCUUUGCAGGCCAGUCCCUCUGCAGAGUUCUGACAAAGCUAGGCAUCUUGGGGUUGUGUAAGAAGAGGGCCAUCAAAUCAACCAUUGAUGCCGCAGAGAGAGCCACUAAGUGGCUCUGGCUGAAAAGGGAGGCCCAGUGGUCAAAUGCUGCUGGGAUGCAAGCCGGGGACUGAUCACCCCUGGCUGGGUCGCCUGGGGGAGGGUGUCUGAUGUUCGAAUAGACCCGAAACACCCAAUGACCCCAGGAUACAUCACUGAUGAUGCAUCCCAGCGCUUCCGCAGGAAGUAUUC